UUAGCUCCACCUUCACAGAGCAAGUAAGCAGUGAGAACACCGAAAACACAAUCAUUCUGUUGUUUCAUGAGGAGACAGAGUGGAAUCCAGAGCACACAUGUUAGGAAAACACAAACACCAUAAUGAAUGCUGAAGAAGACACUGAUUGUACUUGCAAUGGAGAGAAAAGUGUUCAGCGGGAAAGAUCACAUUCACCUGUCAGUGUUUUAUCCAUGAAGAGUGACAAAUCAAUGAAAACACCAAUUCAGUUAAAAAAUGGAGACUCUCAGUUUAACCAAAGGUUGUUGUUUUUCAGGUCUCUGGAGAGAUCAGAUUCAGCUGUCUCCAGUGUUUUGUCCAUGAAAAGUGACAAAUCAAUGAAAACACCAAUUCAGUUCAAAAAUGGAGAUUCUCUGCUUGAUCAGAGUUCAGAGGAAAGAUCACAUUCACCUGAUCCCAGUGUUUGGUCCCUGAAAAGUGACAAAUCAAUGAAAACACCAAUUCAGUUAAAGGAUGGAGAUCUAAAAAGUUCUGAGGAGAGAUCACAUUCACCUGAUCCCAGUGUUUGGUCCCUGAAAAGUGACAAAUCAAUGAAAACACCAAUUCAGUUAAAGGAUGGAGAUCUUAUAAAUGAUGGGAGUUCUGAGGAGAGAUCACAUUCACCUGAUCCCAGUGUUUGGUCCCUGAAAAGUGACAAAUCAAUGAAAACACCAAUUCAGUUAAAGGACGGAGAUCUAAUAAAUGAUGGGAGUUCUGAGGAAAGAUCACAUUCAUCUGAUCCCAGUGUUUUGUCCCUGAAAAGUGACAAAUCAAUGAAAACACAAAUUCAGUUAAGAAAUGGAUAUUCUCUGUUCAACCAAAGUUCCCUAGAAAUAUCAAAUUCACCUGAUCCCAGUGCAAUACAAAUGAAAGAUGAAUCAAAUGUACCACAACAAAGACAUGAUGCUCCUCAUUCAGAGAUCCACCAAAAAUUAAAAUCUGACAUGAAAAUGAAGCAUCUGCACAUUUUUGAAGGCCUAUCAAAACAGGGAAACCCAACACUCCUGAAUGAGAUCUACACCGAUCUCUACAUCAUAGAGGGUGGGAAUGCAGAGAUCAGUAAUGAACAUGAAAUUAAAAGGAUUGAAAAAAAAUUAAAGACUGCAGCAGAAAUAACAGUACCAAUCAAAUGCAAUGAUAUCUUUAGACCUUUAUCUGAACAAGACAAACCCAUCAGAACUGUGCUGACAAAGGGAGUCGCUGGCAUUGGAAAAACAGUCUCUGUGCAGAAGUUCAUCCUGGACUGGGCUGAAGGGAAAGAGAAUCAGGACGUCCAGCUCAUAUUUCCACUUCCUUUCAGAGAGCUCAAUUUGAUGAAGGACAAAAGAAUCAGUUUAGUUGGUCUUCUUCAAACAUUUUUUAUGAGAGAGAUAAGUUUACAUCUGAUUCAAAAUUCCUCUGUCGUUUUCAUCUUUGAUGGUCUGGAUGAGUGCCGUCUUCCCUUAAACUUUAACAGCAAUGAGACUCUACGGGAUGCGACUAAAGAGACAUCAGUAGACGUGCUGCUGACGAACCUCAUUGUGGGGAAUCUGCUUCCCUCUGCUCUCAUCUGGAUCACCUCCAGACCAGCAGCAGCUGAUCUCAUCCCCUCUGAGUGUGUCCAUCGAGUGACAGAGGUACGAGGCUUCAAUGAGCCACAGAAGGAGGAAUACUUCAGGAAGAGAAUCAGUGAUCAGAGUCUGGCCAAUACAAUCAUCUCACACCUGAAGUCAUCAAGGAGCCUCUACAUCAUGUGCCACAUCCCAGUGUUCUGCUGGAUCUCAGCCACUGUUCUAGAGAAGAUGUUGAGCGAAGCAGAGAGUGGAGAGAUUCCCAAGACUCUCACUCAAAUGUACACACACUUCCUGAUGGCACAGAUUAGCAUCAAAAACACUAAGUAUAUUGAGGAGGAGGACAAAGAUAAAAAGAUGAUUUUCAAACUAGGGAAACUGGCAUACGAGCAACUGGAAAGAGGCAAUGUGAUCUUCUAUGAGGAAGACCUGAGAGAGUGUGGCAUUGAUGUGACAGAAGCAUCAGUGUACUCAGGAUUGUGCACUCAGAUCUUCAAAGAGGAGUUUGGCUGGUAUCAGGGGAAAGUCUUCUGCUUUGUUCAUCUGAGCAUUCAGGAACAUCUAGCUGCUCUAUAUGUGCAUCUCUACUUCCACAACAGCGGCAAAAAUGUGCUUGUAGAAGGCAAAGUAAAAGAAUCAGAAAUUAAUGUGACAGUGCCAAUCUUACUCAAAUGUGCAGUUAAUAAAACUUUAGAAAGUAAGAAUGGACAUCUCGAUCUCUUUCUUCGGUUUCUCAUGGGACUUUCGAUGGAGUCAAAUCAGGCCCUUCUACAAAUAGUUUUUAAGAAAAGAACAAUCAUCCCCCAGGACAUUACGGAGAUUACUGAGUAUAUGAAGGAAAAGAUAAAAACCCGUUGUCCAGAAACGGGUCUCCUUAUGCUCCACUGUCUAAAUGAACUCAAUGAUCAUUCUCUAAAAGAUGAAAUAGAAAAGUACAUAACCUCGGGAAAAGUUAAAGACAUCCAGUCCCAAGAACUUGGUUUUGCUCUAAUGUUUAUUUUAAUGACAUCAGAUGAGAAGUUUGAUGAGUUUGAAUUAAGGAAAUAUGGUAGAUCUGAAGCACUGCUUACCUGGCUAAAUCCUGUGCUUAGGCUGUCUACAAAGGUCUGGUUGCAUGAUUGUAAUAUCACAAAAAUAGGCUGUAUAAAGCUGUCUACACUUCUUUCAUCACAAUCCAAUGUGAGAGAGCUGGAUCUGAGCCACAACAACUUGCAGGAUUCAGGGGUGGAAAUACUCAGUGUCGGAGUAAAGAAAUCAUGCCAUGCCCCACAAAUGAUUCAGGCAUGGUUCGACAGUAGGCCAAAUAAUCCAAACAAUCAAAUUCUUUAUGAUGCUUUUAUACACCUCACUGCUGGACUACAGGACACAGAGUGCAGACUGGAAUCUUUGAAUCUGAAGAACUGUGGAGUAACAGAACCAGGCUGUGUUUCCCUGAGCUCAGCUUUAAGUUUAAACCCUUCACAUCUGAGAGUGCUGGACCUGACCUGGAAUGACAUAGGAGAUUCAGGAGUGAAACAUCUCUGUGCUUCUCUGGAGAAAGUUCAGUGUGCACUGGAAAUACUGAAGUUAAAUAACUGUAAAAUAACACACAGAAGUUGUGCAGCAUUGGCUUCAGUACUACAAACAGAUUCAAACCUGAAAGAACUCUCUCUGAGCAAUAAUGAGCUCCAGGACUCCGGUGUGAUGUUAUUCUCUGUUGGACUGCAUCAUCCUCACUGUAAACUGGAGAUCCUGAGGCUUUCAUGUUGCAAAUUUAAAACGGAAGGCUGUGGAUCUCUUACUUCAGCUCUGAGAUCAAACACUCAUCUGAGAGAACUAGACCUGGGCAACAACAGACCUGGAGAUCAGGGAGUGGAGCUGCUGUCUGCAGCUCUUCGUGAUCCAAACAGCAGACUGAAAACACUAAGGUUGGACAAAUGUGGAAUGACAGAGAAAAGUUGCACUUCUCUAGCUUCAGCUCUUAGCUCAAAGACCUCCUGUCUGACAGAUCUGGAUCUGAGUAUUAAUGAUCUACAAGACUCGGGUGUGAAGAAGCUCUGUGUCGGACUGCAGAAUCCUCAUUGUAGACUAGAGAAGCUGAGGCUGUCCAACUGUAAUCUUACACAUGAAGGUGUGGCGGCACUGACCGAAGCUCUGAAAUCAAAUCCAUCCCACCUGAAAGAACUUGAUCUGCUUGAGAAUGAUCUGGAAGAGUCAGACCUGAAUGUUUUCUCCAUGAUCCUGGACAAGUCAUAAAAAAAAUAAAAAAAUAAAAAAUCCUUAAGUUAACUCUAGAAAUAUACUUGUAAGGUUUGAACAUUGAGUAGUAAUCACACUGUUUUAAAAAAAAAAAUCAAAUGUACUAUAUAUUGAAAAAAUGCAUUAAAGAGUUUUUGCAAAU